GAGUAACUUGAAAGUAUAUUAAAUCCACAUGAAAUUAAACUACAACAUUAAUGUGUUUUUAUUUAAUAUAUGUAUUGGGCUCUACAUAUAUACCACCAUACUUCCAUGAAACUUCUAUCACUCUCUCUCUCACUUCUCUGAUUCUUCUCAUUUUAUUCAUCACCAAUCCAAGACCAAAUAUGGCUGUUUUCACUCCACACACAGUCUUCUCUCCAACUAUGUUUAUUCUAUUAUCAAUGGUGAUUUCACUGUCAAAAGCCACACUCCAUGUUGAUUAUUAUCGUCAGACAUGUCCAAGAGCUGAGAAUAUUAUCUCAGAGACAGUUCAUAAGGCUUCUGCACGUGACCCUAAAGUCCCAGCUCGAAUCCUUAGAAUGUUCUUCCAUGACUGUUUCAUAAGGGGAUGUGAUGCCUCACUUUUGCUGGACUCAACUCCGGGAAACAAAGCCGAAAAAGAUGGUCCUCCCAAUAAAUCACUAGCAGCAUUCCAUGUCAUCGACGAGGCCAAAACUAAGCUCGAAAUGGCAUGUCCACGUACAGUUUCUUGCGCUGAUAUAAUCGCAAUGGCAACUAGAGAUGUAGUAGUAAUGAAUGGAGGUCCAAAUUGGAAUGUACUCAAAGGAAGAAAAGAUGGAAGGUUGUCAAAAGCCAGUGAGACUAGCAACUUACCAUCUCCAUCUCACAAUGUGACACAACUCAUUAAGAACUUUUCCAAGAGAGGUCUGCAAGUCAAAGACUUGGUUGCUCUGUCCGGUGGCCACACACUAGGGUUUUCUCACUGUGCUUCGUUCGAAGCCCGGCUCCGUAACUUCAGUUUGGGGAGUGACAUUGAUCCCACGAUGAACAAGGACUUUGCUCUAACCCUAAGGAACAAAUGCCCGAAACCAAACAAGGAUCGGAAGGCGGGAGAAUUCUUGGACUCAACUCCAUCAACUUUUGAUAAUGUCUACUACAAAAGAGUUGUAGCUGGUAAGGGCGUGUUUGGAUCAGAUCAAGCAUUGUAUGGGGAUUUGAUGACUAAAUGGAUUGUAGAAGCAUAUGCCAGAGAUCAACGUUUGUUCUUUAAAGAGUUUACUGAUUCAAUGGUGAAACUUGGAAAUGUAGGGGUUAUUGAAAUUGGUGAAGUGAGAGUGAAGUGCCGAAUUGUGAAUUGAGUGAGAGAGAGAGAGAGAGAGAGAGAGAGAGAGCCAAAUCUGUCUUUUGUUUUCCAUUGCCUUUAGAAAUAAGAGUUCUGCUAUUUGUAUCAAAAUUAUGUCUAAUUAACCUAUCCAAAUUUAAUUGGUUGGUUAAGUAGUAUUAAAGUGGGGAAUUUAUUUAUUAUUAUUAUUAUU